AUGAAGUUGGACGUAAGAGUUCUUCGUUAUAUGAGCUCUGAAGAGUUCCGAGUCCUGACAGCGGUCGAAAUGGGCUCCAAGAAUCACGUAAUUGUGCCCACCUCUCUAAUUGCGCAAAUUGCCGGGUUACGACACGGCGGUGUUAAUAAAAUAUUGGGAGAACUGGCAAAGAAGAAACUUGUUGCUAAGGUUAAGAAUUCAAUGUAUGACGGAUACAGAUUGACAUACGGAGGUUAUGAUUACCUUGCCCUAAAGACAUUUUCAAGACGUGGGAGCAUAUACUCGAUUGGCAAGCAGAUCGGUGUCGGGAAAGAAUCAGAUGUGUACCUUGUCGCCGAUGAAGAAGAAAUCCAGAGCGUCCUCAAAAUUCACAGACUUGGCCGUGUGUCAUUUCGCGCCAUAAAGGCACAGCGUGAUUAUCUUCAAAAUCGUAAGACUGCGUCGUGGUUAUACAUGUCUCGUUUGGCUGCUAUGAAAGAAUACGCUUUUAUGAAGAUCUUACACGAACAUGGAUUUCCGGUUCCAAAACCUAUAGAUCAAUCUAGGCAUUGCGUUUUAAUGGAACUAAUUGACGCAUUUCCAUUACGGGAGGUAAUCGAGGUUAAAAAUCCAGGAAAAUUGUAUUCAGACCUUAUGGACUUGAUAGUCAGACUAGCUUCUUAUGGACUCAUCCAUGGAGACUUUAACGAAUUCAAUAUACUGCUGAAAGAAGACGGGGAGCCGGUGUUGAUCGACUUUCCUCAAAUGGUCUCGAUAUCACAUCCGAACGCAGAAUGGUAUUUUAACCGGGACAUAGAAUGCAUACGUACCUUUUUUCGAAAAAGAUUCGGUUACGAGAGCGUAUUAUAUCCUAAAUUUAAUCUUGACGUCAACCGGGAGUUUAAUCUGGACGUUCAAGUUGCCGCUAGUGGAUUUACAAAGCAACAGCAAGAGGAGCUCGAAGGGAAGAAUGCUAGAGAAAGCGUUAAAGGCGAAGAUAUAAUAAGCGGUGACGCGAACAUUGCAAAUGAAUCAGUGAUACAAAAUGUUACAAAAGAUGCUAAAUCAGAGACAGAAGAAGCUAAAUCGGAAACAGAAGAAGACCCAGAAUCUGACCUAGAACAAUUAAACAACCGUGAUUAUAUGGCACAUCGCGACAAGAAACCCCCAAAAAAGCGUACAGGUACAACGUCUACAUCUACGUCUACAACCACCCGAUUGUCCGAGGCAGAUAUCAAAGAACGAGUGGCAAUGUCCAUUCCUACGUGCGGUCUUAGAGAAUAG